AUGAUACGAAGCCGUAAUCAAGUAUCAUCAACAAAACCACCAAAUCAUGCUUCUCCAUCAACAAAACCACCAAAACAUGUUUCUCCAUCAACAAAACCAUCAAAUCAUGUUUCUCCCUCAACAAAACCACCAACACAUGUUUUUCCAUCAACAAAACUACCAAAACAUGUUUCUCCAUUAACAAAACCACCAAAUAAUAUUUCACCAUAA